GUCAGCUGUUUCAGCGUUUUGCUUUUGUUGCUUGAGAACUCGAAAGUGGGAAUUUCGCAGCAAAAUCAAAAAUAUGGUUUUAACCAAAGAAGAGGAGGCGUUCAUCAAGCGCAAGCAUGAGCACACACUCAAGCUGCGCAACGAAUACCUGAAGCAGAGCUCGAAUCCCUUUCGCCAUGCCACCGGUGAAGGCGGCACUGUGUUCGAUGCGGGCUUAGCGCGCUUCCAGGCUAUGCGUGUGUCCAACUAUGAGCAUUUCCGACCCACUGGCCACUCUUUCCGCAUGGGUCUCUUUGCCGUCGUGCUGCCCAUCGCUGUCUACGCUUGGGCGCUAAAGAGCGAGCGAGAUGCACGCGAGGAGAAAUACCGUUCGGGACAGGUUGCGUACAAGGAUCGUCAGUUCAAGUUUAUUUAAGUGUACAAAUUAUUUCUUUUUUGCAACGUGUGAAAAUUAAACGCAAUAUCGUAACGAAUUAAAAUAGA